UAAUACAUAUAAUCGGAGUGUCAACAUAUGGAACAUAACAGCAAAGGAUCGUGAAUCGUCAUAUAUUUGCGGUAUCACAAAAAAAUAUUUGAACUGUGAUAAGACCCCAUACAGGUCUCUUAAGCCAUUGACCCACAAACAGUUGUUUACAUGAAUUUGAUGAGAGCAUUCGGAGCUACAAGGUAUUCGAUAGGACAAAACAUAGUGUGUGGUCAGGGUUACAUCAUGUUCAGAAACAGUUAGGAAAGACGGACAAUAAGAAACGUUCGGGCUGGCGCCUAGUUCGUGUAUAAGGUCGGGAAAACAUUCAAUUAUAUUGGGAGUCGCGUGUUGCACGCUGCAAUGUUGUGUUCAGAUGCAGUUCCUUCUAUUCUCAACCAGACUAAUACCAACAAGUACUUCAUCGAAUAUGACGGGUUCCUAACCAAUCACGUGUCACACGGGAUAAUUGCUCUGCAUCGUCUUGGAGCUCAACCAGAACGCAUUAAGCGUUUUGUCGAUUGGUACACUCCAAAGUUAGAGUCUGCGGAAACAGACAUUGACGAUGAUAGACCAUUUGAACAACAGAAGGGACAAAGAGUUGCCUUUUAUAAGAUUACCAAGGAGUAUGAAAAACGUUAUCAACUACUUGAUAGCGAUGUUAAUCAGCUGGUAAAGCAAGAAUACCCCAAGCUGAGCGCAGGACUGGCAGGAUCGGCACUUCACGGAACAAUACAUCUGGGUUACAAUUUCGUGGCGGGCAAUGUUCGUGGUGUAUUAGAAGGGCUGGCUUACACCCACCAUUCAUUUAGACCGGUCGUAUCGAAGAAAUCGUCGGAAGAGCUUGCAAAAUUUGGAAAUGGAGCAACGAGCAUUUUGGAAGUCUUGGAUAAAGUAAGAAACAACAAGGAGCUGUGCGAAUCGAUUAUAGAAGGUUCAGAAAUGGAGAAAUAUACUGCACUAAAAGUUGGAAAAUUCCAGAGAGCGGUUGGCUUUCUUUGUGGCGAAAAAGGAGAUGCGUUGUUGGAGUACGUGUUAGCUAUUGCAGUACCGAGCGAAGUUAAAACAACCAAAGGAACUCUUGACCCUUCCAGACUGGCUAGACGGUUUGUUUAUUGGACCGUUCUUGUCUACACAAUGUCAGAAAACAAAAAUGAUUUUUUCUUACUUCACGGAGUAACUUGUGCUUGGAGCAUUUACCACAUCGUUACUGUGUUGGAUGAAAACGAGUCUCUUAACGCUGUACGCAACUUCGCCGCAACUCUAAUUGCUGUAUAUAUUGCUCAGGGUGCACCUGCAUUGAAUAUUCCUGUACAGGACUGUGAACCAUCUGAUCAGGACUGGGAAACGCUCAUCAAGCGUGUUCUAGAUGAUGACCGAGAUGAGCACACUUACAAGCUACUGCAAGUUUGUCGAGAAAUGAUGCCAGAUGCUGCAAGUUUUGGCGAAGAUGCAAAUGUCUACUUUCAAGCAGCAAAAAUUGGGAUGGAUACGCAAGAGUUUCGGUAUUAGAAUGACAAGAAUGGUUAUUAGUAAAUGACUGUUAAUAGAACAAAUUUCGGUUGGGAUGACACUUGCACACGGCAAAAAGUAACAAGUUCUUCAUGCGCUAAUUGUUCUUACCGCAUUUUUUUCGGACGUUGUUAUGUAUUGCAUUAUAUACUAGCAACUUCAUCAUUUUUGCAAUCUUGAAGUUAAAUGUAUUAAUACUGUGCAUUUCUGUAUGCUUGAUACGUGUAGUAUUGAACAUGUUCAAGGACAUCAAGAUAUUGUUAUGUUAGUUACCAUAUGAAUACAUAUUUAUUUCAGAUUAUAAAUACGUAAAUUGUACCAAAACCAAAGAACCUGGCUUGUGUUUUGACAAU